AUGCCGUCGCAUUUGUCGCACAACACAGAGAGAUGUCAUGAGGAGACUGUUCAGGUUCUGGGUUACGACCGCUUGCCCAGCAUGGAUGACCGUGACAGACUACCGUACACACUCGCCACUGUUCACGAGAUUCAGCCAUGUGGAAACAUCACACCUGUUGGGUUGGUUCAUGAAACAAUUCAGCCCACAAAACUACAUGGAUACGACCUUCCUCAGAUUGAUGAAGAACAGGGCCUUGUGGUCUCUUCUAUGCUAAUAAAGGACUUCUGGGACUUUCCAAGCACAGGCCGAGUCCUCCUGUUAGACUUGGCCUUUGUGUGCAUGACUCUGGUCCUAGGCUUGAUUUUUAUGGUUCUGUUUGAGAUCUUCAGGAUUCAUUCAUUCAAAAGUCAAUUUCCACCUGGUCCAACACCUCUGCCUUUUGUGGGAAAUCUACCACUUUUCUUGAAGAACCCAAUGGAGUUCAUAAGAUCUUUGUCUCAAUAUGGAGAAAUGACCACUAUGUAUCUCGGGAGAAAGCCAACGAUAAUGCUCAAUACAAUCCAGCUUGCUAAGGAAGUCCUGGUUCAGGAUGCUUUUGCUGGAAGACCAUGUCUGCCUGUUCUAGAUUGGGUAUCUAAUGGACUCGGUAUCGUGAUGGUCACAUUUAACAACUCCUGGAGGCAGCAGAGACGGUUUGCUCUGCACACGCUCAGAAACUUUGGUCUGGGGAAGAAAUCAAUAGAAAGUCGCGUGUUAGAGGAAAGCCAAUAUCUGAUUGCUGAAUUGCUCAAAGAUGAAGGAAAAUCAGUGAAUCCCCAUCAUGCCCUACAGAAUGCCUUUUCCAACGUUAUCUGCUCCAUCGUGUUUGGAGAUCGAUUCGACUACGAUAACAAACGCUUUGAACAUUUUCUGAAAAUCCUGGGUAAAAGCAUGAUACUGACAGGAUCAGCAGCAGGACAGAUUUUCAACUUGGCACCCUUCAUCAAGCAUUUCCCUGGUCCACACCAGAAGAUUAAGCAGAACGCCAAUGAGUUAUUUGGUUUCAUUCGGGAUGAAGUUAAAGAACACAAAAAAACUCUGGAUCCAGGCAGUCCACGAGACUUCAUUGAUGCCUAUCUGCUGGAGAUAGAGAAACACAAGUCCAACAAAGACUCCACGUUUCAUGAAGAUAACCUGAUUGGUUCAGCAAUCGACCUGUUUUUUGCUGGAACUGACACCACAGAAACCACUAUCAGAUGGGGACUCCUCUUCUUGAUUCAAAACCCAGAUGUACAAGAGAGAUGUCAUGAGGAAAUUGUUCAGGUUCUGGGUUACGACCGUUUGCCCAGCAUGGAUGACCGUGACAGACUACCCUACACACACGCCACUGUUCACGAGAUUCAGCGAUGUGCAAAAACUGUACCUUUAGGUGUGAUUCAUGAAACGAUUCAGCCCACAAAACUACGUGGAUUCGACAUUCCUCAGGAAACUAUGAUCCUGAUAAACUUGGCUGCAAUUUUCAGCAAUAAGGAGCACUGGAAGCAUCCUGACACAUUUAACCCAGAGAAUUUCCUGGAUGAGAACGGACACUUCAGCAAGCCGGAGUGUUUCAUUCCCUUUUCACUGGGGCUGAGGGUCUGCCUUGGUGAGAUGCUGGUGAGGACGGAGCUCUUCCUGUUCAUUACAUCUCUUCUACAGAGGAUUCAUUUCUCUUGGCCACCUGAAGCAAAGCCCACAGACAUGGAUGGCAUCAUGGGUAUAGUCCGCUAUCCUCAAACUUUUAGCAUCAUCUGCUGCAGUAGAGACACCAAAGAGUAA